AUGACAACCCCAGUCCCUUCUAACAAAAAAUCAUUCUCCAUCUCUCAAAUCAAAGCAUACAUCCCUAUUACCCUUGACAUGACCAAACUUAACUAUCAAGCUUGGCGAGAACUCUUUGAAACCCACUGCACGUGUUUUGGCGUUCUUGGUCACCUUGACGGCACAUCUUCUUCAACUCCGGAAACUGCUAGAACAUGGAAAGAACAUGAUGGAUUGGUUAAGAUGUGGAUAUAUGGUACCAUAUUUGAGUCUAUCCUUGACACGGUGCUCAAAACAAAGGCCUCUGCUCGCGAGUUGUGGCUCUCCAUUGAAGGUAUGUUCCGAGACAACAAAGAGGCUCGUGCACUCGAACUUAAAAACAAGCUUCGUACCAUCGUCAUCAGUGAUCUCACCGUUCACACCUAUUGUCAGAAACUUAAAACGAUCUCCGAUCUCCUUGCUAAUCUUCACUCCCCUGUCUCCGACCAAGCUCUGGUUCUGCAUCUUCUCAACGGUCUGUCUGACAAGUUAGAUAACAUUCUCAAUGUUAUCAAACACAAAUCACCAUUCCCCACCUUUCUUGAGGCUCGCUCAAUCUUAACCAUGGAAGAAAAGCGGCUCUCCAAACAGACUCCCUCCACGCUCGUCACCAACAACAAUGCCUCCACACCGUCUCUCCUCCUCACGACCUCUGAUCAACAACAUCAACAUCACCCACCCAGCUCCAACACCAACUUCGGUUCCAACAACACCGGCUACGGCGGCUACGGCUCCAACAACACCGGCUAUAACAAUCGAGGCCGCAGGCGUGGUCACGGCGGCAGAAACAACCGGGGACGUGGUCGAUCCGACACCAACUGGCCACCUUUGUACUACUCUCCGCCAUGGCAGAUUGGAGGUUCCCCUUGGCCAUCGUCGUAUUUCCCUCCAACCACGAUGAUGUACUCUAACCCUAACCACUGUAUGGGCUCACAUCAACAAGUUCAGGCCCAUAACAACAAUGCUUUACAACCAAGUCUUCUUGGACCUGCUCCUUCACGGCCAAAUCACGAAGCUCAUCUGCUCCAUGUUGUUCCAUCUUCAUCGUCCUCUUCGUUCCUUCCCACCAACAUCACUCAUGCUUUCAACACCAUGUCACUUGUAGACCCAUACAAUUCUCCUUGGAUUAUGGACUCCGGAGCUACAAAUCACAUAACAUCGAAUCUAGGUACUCUUCGUUCAACGUUUAAUUCGAGCUCUUUACCUUCAAUAACUGUCAGAAACGGAUCACUUGCACCUGUCACGACAAUUAGUCAUGGCAUUGUUCCCUCUUAUUCUCGUAAUUUUCAUCUUCGUAAUGUCCUUGUUUGUCCUUCCAUUAUCAAGAACCUCAUCUCUGUUAGAAAAUUUGUUACUGAUAAUUUUUCCUCACUUGAAUUUGAUCCUUUUGGUUUCACUGUUAAGGAUCUACCUACUCGGACCCCUCUCCUCCGAUGUAACAGUUCAGGACCCCUAUAUUCUUUCACUCCGUCUUCUCAAGUUUCUCAUCCGAAGGAUUUCACCGUUUCUGAUUCGACUUCUCUCUUUGGCAUCACAGACUUGGUCACCCCAACGACCAAAUUCUUCGACAAAUUCUUUCUUCUCUUUCUAUUUCUUGCAAUAAGACUGACUUGA